AUGAAUGUAUCAGACUGCUUUGCCCUCUACGACGACUACUGGCAGCCUCAAGGCAACGUCUUGGUGCUGGUUAAAAACCAGUCGGUACAAACACCGCCUGACGAUAGCCUCCUAAUGUAUGUCUCAAUUGUUCCCCGUUCCGACGAUUGGGGAAAGAACAUGUGGGCUCUAGGGAAUGGCACUGGCCGUUUCAUUGCUCAGUCGCCCCCAAAACCUGUCACCGUUUGGUAUCUCGGACCAAAGCACUACGAGGUCGCCCGAUGCCUGGUUCAACCUCCUAACGAGUUGCACACGAAAUGCCGCUUUGAGUACUCGCCUCCUAUUAUGUUCACCAUCUGCAUAAUGAAUUUCAUUAAAGCUUUUAUCAUGAUAUGCAUUUGGUACUUGAGGAAGUGGCAAGAUCAGAAGCAACAUAGGAAGGCGAAGGAAGUCCUGUACACACUUGGCGAUGCAAUUGCAUCUUUCAUGAGGGUCCCUUGCGAACAAACGAAAGACCUCGGUCUUUCCACAAAAAAUGAUUUCCUGACGACCAGGAAAUGGAAGGAUCGUCUCGUCAAGCAAACCCCAGUUAUUCUGAAAGAGACUACCAAUCGCGAGCCGAAAGAGUUCUCCGCGACGGCCAAACAGUGGAGGUCUGCUGCCAGUCUCAAGCGCUGGGUGAUCCUUCUUUGCAUGUGA